CGCACACACACACACACACUCACACUGCAUCCAAAACAAAGCUGGUGGAGAACGGAGAGCACGGAGCAGAGCGCCUCGGUGAUAUCUCGGGAGAGGAGGAAAAGCAGGAUUAAUUUAUUUUUUCGAGCAUUAUUAUUGGUGUUGUUUGUUUUUUUUUUGUUUUGUUUUUUUUUUGUGUGUGCUUGCGGUGCAGUGGUGAGCACUCAACCCGCGGUGAUGGACAUUAUGAGUGCGGUGCAGGAUGCGUGUGUCUCCGGUCAGUGGCUCACCGCGAUCAUCCUCAGCCUUUGCUGCUUUUUGCCUUCGUGCUUGCCUGCUGGGCAGACUGUGGACUAUGCCUCGAGCGAAAGUGUGGUGAGCCGGCAAGGAGACACGGCGCUGCUCAGGUGCUACCUGUUGGACGGGAUCUCGAAAGGGGCGUGGUUAAACCGUUCCAGUAUAAUAUUCGCAGGGAAUGAUAAGUGGUCAGUGGAUCCUCGCGUAUCCAUCGUAUCGAACAUGGGAGACAAACACGAGUACAGUCUACAGAUACAGAAAGUGGACAUAACGGACGAAGGCUUCUACACCUGCUCGAUACAGAGCGAACGCAAUCCACGGCCAAAACUCAUCCAGUUAAUCGUCAAAGUUCCUCCCAAAAUAUACGACAUCUCAUCGGACAUCACGGUAAACGAAGGCGGCGACAUUUCACUCUUCUGUUUAGCCAGCGGGAAACCAGAGCCGAAGAUCACCUGGAGACACAUCAGCCCAUCAGCCAGGAAGUUCGAGAGCGGAGAAAACCUGAACAUAACCGGAAUAACUCGGGAUGCGGCAGGAGAUUAUGAAUGUGGCGCUGAGAACGAUAUCGCUUCUCCCGACACCCGGACUGUGAAAGUCACCGUCAACUUUCCACCAUCUAUCAAUGAGCUGAGAACUCACGGGGUGCGACCCGGUUACACGGCGCUCCUGAGGUGCGAGGCGGCCGCUGUCCCCACUCCGGUUUUCGAGUGGUAUAAAGGCGAGAAGAGACUCAGCAAGGGUCAAGGUGGCAUCGACAUCAAGAAUUUGAGCUCCAGGUCCAUUCUCACAGUGAGUAACAUCACCGAGGAGCGCUAUGGCAACUACACCUGCGUGGCUGUCAACAAGCUGGGAGCGGCCAACACCAGCGUGGCUCUGUCUCCCCCAAACACAGCUCAGUACGGGACCACCGGAGGAGGGGAAGCUCUGCUGGCCUGCGGAAUCCUGGUGUUGGCUCUCAGCUCUCUGCUCUGCGUUUACUAGCGCUACGUACAGCCAUACGCACUGAACUGGACUGAACCAUUCACACGGCUCAUUUCCGGAUCCGAUCUGGCAACGCGGUUCGCUUUUUUUUUUUUUUUUUUGGCUUUUUUUUUUUGUUGUUGUUUUUUUGGCGAAAAGAGAGCUAUUUUAAUCAGUAAGCGGUACUUUUCAGAUGGUGGUUUUUAUGUUCUGUGGAAUUUCUCAUCGUGUAAAUAUGUACGGUUUAAAUUCCUCCCCCCUGUACCACGACCCCCACCCGCUCCCACAUCCCCC